AUGUUAAUACUGAAACAAACUGUCUAUGAUCACAAAUUAAAAUAUAAUGAAAAUCGAACAUUUACAGAGCAACCACAAUUAUUAACAUUAGAUACAAAGUGUGAUUUGGCAUCAUUAACGAAAAUGUAUGCAACAAAUCAUGCUCUUAUGCAUGUAGUUGAGCAAGGAAAACUAAGCGUCGAGGAUCAAGCGACAAAGUAUAUACCGGAAUAUUGUGGAUGUAACCCUGAGAACGCAUGUCUUGAAACGAGAUUAAUAAAAGAUUUAUUGACACAUACAGCCGGAUGGAUUACUUGUCGUCAGUCGCGGCUUUCUACAGAACUAGAGCCUAAUUAA